AUGAAUUGUUUUAGCCAUCAGCCGGAAAGGAAGGACAUCAUCUGCAAGCUUCUCGCAGGUAUUUGGCGUGUUCUGCCGCCCGAGCCGAAGGAGACCGCCUCCCUUACCUGGGAUGAGGCUGAAGCGUACUUCCAACACUAUCAAAAAGUGCUGCAGGACCGAGGACUUGUUGAUGGGAUUAGUAUCAGCUUCUCCGGGAUUGACAACACAGCCGAAGAAGUGAUCAGAUUUGUCCACUUUGUGCGGGCGCGAUGGGACAACCCGGUUGACCAAAUCGAGGAUGCCAUUCGAGAUCAUCCACCACCCUUUUUAUUGAAACCGACCCCAGAUUCUUCACGAAAAGCAUUGAGACUGGCCCUACGCCUAUGGCUUUUCAUCGAUCCAAACCUCUUAUCUCCUGUUAUACAACAGCCACAACCGGGGCAAACAUCGAGCGGCAUCAAGCUCUGUGAGGCAGUUUCAAGAUCAGUGUUGCCACGGAGCACUCCAAAGCUGGAGACACUUUCAGGGGACUUCUCUGCAAAGAGCUUGAUACGGAAGGGCGGCUUUGACUUUCAAUCCACGGGGAAUUUGGGCGAGCAUUUGACGUUUGAUCCGCAUUGCCGAUACAGGAUCAGAGUCUUUGGCUGUGCCCGAGCUCUUGAAGUCGACAGACUGUCGGAGGAUAUGAACGUAUACCCACGGGACUUCGUGGUCGAGGUGCAGAAGACCCUACAACUACUUUUCCCCACCGCUGGCCGCAAGUCUGGCAAGCGUACACGGAAGUAUGUCAAGAGAUAUCGAGCGGACAUCGAGGCCCCGAUCGUGGGCAUGGACAGGAUCAGCCUCAGCACGUAUCCGGUCUUCGGUGAAAGGCUGGAAGACAUCCAGAAGCGGUACAACGACUCCACACAGAGGUUGCUUCGGCAGUGGUAUUACGACAGGCGCAAGCGCGUCGAGUGGGCAACCUUUGUCGUUGCCAUUCUCGUCUUCAUCCUGACCGUGGUUUUCGGGCUGGUCUCAUCCGUGACGGGAAUCUUACAGACUUACGCGGUAUACAGGUGGCAUGGUUGA